UCUUCUUCAUCUGCAAAAUCCGACACACAACAAUUUCAUAUUCAUUCAUAUCCGAUGUAAAUCUCAUCGAAGAACCAACCACACACAACACAACAAUGUUCGAAAUGAAAUUUCAAUAGCUGCUUAAAACGAGGUACCUCUUCGGUUCAACAACAAUGUUCAACAAUACAUACACCAACUCACUCCAAUGGCCGAUUCGGAGUAGAAAUCGCCAAGAGUACUGCUCUUUGCUCCUCCCUGAGAGAUCUGAAAGUUACCGAUUUUUUCAAUCUUCAUCUACAUCUUCGAGGAGAUGCUGCUGCUGCUGUGUAACACCAUCAUCAUCUUCUUCUUCUUGUUGUUCAUAUGUUAAGCCUAAGGUAUCGUUAAACCCUGGAUUUGUGCUUUAUGGGAUUAGGCAAUCUACGCUUAUUCAGUGGCCUUCGUUUCAAAGGAGGUUGCUUGUUUGUGGGAAUAGACUUGUGGGUUGUGAGGUUUAUGCUUCUUGUUGUGAUGGUAGACGAAGUAAAAACCAGAGCUUUAGGCUUAAGGGUUUGGAAAAAUCUAAUGAAUGUUGUGAUAGUAGAAGUUGUCCAGAUGAUGAUGAUGUAGAAGCUAUGAUUUCGUUUUUAAGUGAGGAGUUGAUAGAUGAGGAGAGGAAGUGGAACUUGGUUAGUAGAGUUGAAGAGAGUAAGAAAGUUGGAAAUGUCAGAAAGGUUAGAGAUAGUUAUGGUGAUGGGAGAGUUACUCGGAAAAACAAGCAGGAAAGGUUAGAGAGACCUGAGGGGUUUGGUAGGCGAAAUGGGAUUAAGGAAGAUGUGAAGUUAGAUGAAAGAGAUGAUUGUGAACAUUGUGGGAGUAGAAAGAAAAGUUCUCAACUGGAAAGUGAGUCUCGGCGUGGUUCUAAUAAAUUGGUUGGUGGUGAAUCCAUUGGGAAUGAAGAAAGAGAAGUUCGACCAAUAAGGACAAAGAGUUCGAGUUGUUCAUCGUAUUAUUCCCUUGCUUCUUCUGGUGAGUUUGAGAGUGAUAAUGAAGAUCAGGAGGAGGAUGUGGAAAUUAUUCAUAGCGAAAACGUGAGAGGUUCAGAAAAGAAAGUUGUAGAACAGUCAAGCAAAGGAUCAAAGUCUAGAAAGGAAGCCUCUCAGAUGCAUUCAAGGAGAAAUAAAGAUGAGAGCUCCAGUAGAGUGGGUUCAAGCUACCGUAAGCAGGUUUUUGAGGAAGGGGAUAAUUCAAAUCAGGCAGUGAUUUUGAACCAAAGGAGAGGUAAGAAGUUUAGUCAAACUAAUAAUAGAGCGUCUGAGUCGACAGGAAAUUAUGAAGAAGAUACAGAGAUUCAUGAGAUCCAUGUCAACGAUGCAGAGACCAAUUCCCAAACCCAAAAGCUUCUUGGUGAAAGAGAGGACUACAGAGUUCACUCAAUUCGUAAUGACUCUGGGAGCGAAAACAUUGAAAGUUCUCAGCAGCUACUGAAGGAGAGAUCAGAGGCUCGUUAUGGCAGUGAGGAAAGAGUAUCUGAAAUGCGGAGAAGAACCAAAUAUAGACAGACCCAAGAGGAAGAUAUAAGUGUGCUCCAAAAUUUUCCAAAGGCGACAAAUAAUCAGCAGCCUCUAGUGGAAGGAAGGUUAUCUAAGCAAGCUGAUAUGAGAAGGACUACUGAACGCUUUUCUGAAAGUUCAAAAGUUCAUGACAUAGACAUCAGAAAUACAUAUGUCUUGCAAAGCGAAGAACAGAUUAGAAACCAAGAGGUACAUGCUGGCUUGGUUUCUGGUUUGCAAUCAGAAAGGAAGCAGCAAGAUGAUCUUAUUGAACAUAAUCCCUUGCAAAGGACGCAAUCUGACAGAACUUCUGUUUCUGUAUCUCAUACUAGUGAUACACUAAGGUAUACAGAAAUUCAGAGAAAAUCUGAGAAGAGGUUAAUUGGUCAAGAAAGUACUACGAUUUUGCAGUCGGACAGCAACGUCGAAAAAAGCGGUGCUUGGAAAGACUCUAGGCUUCAUCAUGCUAACUCGACAAAAGAAGAUGAAAUGGCCUUAUGGGAUCCAAGUUCUCAGGAAAAGCUAGCUGAAGAGGCCUCAAGUUCACAAUCAUCUUUGACUUUGGUCUCGGGAAAUAAAUUGCAUCUGGUAGAUCUGGUUUCAGCGGAGAGGCAAGGAUCUCAAACAACACUGAUUCCUCCUUCUUCUCAGCUGGUAAGCAGAGGUUCAGGGAAAAGUUAUGGAACUGGUGGAGUUUCAAUUCAAGAAAUUUCCCAUGAAAAUUCAGAAAGUGGGGAUCCCACAGCUUUUGAAUACCCAAGAGCAGGAGCUCUUGCUACUAGUCAAUAUGCUGGAGAACCGAUGAGAGUUACAACACACGAAGAUGCUCUGGGUUCUGCACAUCGGUUAGAACAGUCAUCAGAGAAGUUUGUUGGGGAGUUUUUGAAAAAGGCCAAGCAUGAAGUAUCAUAUCCGGAGACUGGGGAGCAAAGAGUUGAAAGCAAUCAGUUGAAGAGGCGGGACUCAAGGCGAUCAUCUGGUUCAGGAGCAAAGGGACCAUCAGAUGAAUUAUGGGUCACAGAUUCUACUCAGGGAACCCCUCAACCAGGAGCCACGGAAGGCAAUGCAGCCGAGGGAAAUGCUGGUUUCAAAAGAAAUGGUAGGUCCUUGUGGAAUGUUAUCGCCGAUAUUGCUCGGCUUCGGUGGGGCUCUCGAGCUGGAAGCUCUGAAUCGAGUGCAAAGCCUGCCGGAAAGAAUUCACCGAAUGAGUCAGUUAGCAGUGCAACAUGGUUUUCUGGACGUGAGCUUGAAGGAAGCAGUGAUGAUAACAAAGGGGAUAGGGUUUUGCCUCAAGAAGCUCAUUCCCUACAUCAGUUGGAGGUUGGUCAAACUUCUCCUAGAGGCCAAUUUGAAUCUGCUGGCACUACAAAACUGAAGCAGCAAUAUGGACGGCACGAAGGUGUAGUAUUGUCACCAUCUUCCACAAUAUUAGAAGGUGGCUCUGUAUCCAAUCUCAUGGCUUCCACAUCUGGUGAUCAAAUUGUUCGCGUUGAUGAAGAAGAAGGCAGAAACUUUGAGUUCCGUCUUUCCGAAACUGCUUCAACAGGGGUGCCAAAGAAACUGCCUAGUCGAAACCUGAUAAGAUCUCCUGCUAUCAAGGAACCCUCAGAAUCUAGUCCAACCAAGGUAACUAGCGAUCAAAAUGUUACUGUGGGAGAAGGAAGACGCUACCAGGCUCGUAUUCCUGAAAUGGAUGCAGGUCAAAAGCCGUUGCCAUUGCCUGGUCGAAACCUAAGGUCUCCUGUUGUAAAGGAACCUUCAGAAUCCCGUCCCAGCAUGGUAUCUGGCAGUAGCAGCUUAAGAGAGCAGGUGGAACAACAACAACCUCUGAGUGCGAAGUCCCAGGAAGAAACAGGUUCCAUACCAACAGACUCUUCGUCCACACAAAAAAAACUUCAGAGGAACAAACAGGUCGUGAGGGAUAGUUUUGAGGAGUGGGAAGAAGCAUAUAGAGUAGAAGCUGAAAGGCGAACAGUUGAUGAGAUAUUCAUGAGGGAAGCGUUAGUAGAAGCUAAGAAGGCUGCUGAUACAUGGGAGGUACCUGUUGGGGCUGUGCUUGUGCAUGAUGGGAAAAUCAUUGCUCGGGGUUUUAACCUAGUAGAGGAGCUUCGGGAUUCAACCGCCCAUGCAGAAAUGAUUUGCAUUCGAGAGGGUUCCAAAGUACUUCGUUCAUGGAGGCUCGCGGAUACAACGCUCUAUGUAACACUAGAACCGUGCCCAAUGUGUGCGGGCGCAAUACUUCAAGCAAGGGUGAACACUCUUGUGUGGGGUGCUCCUAAUAAGCUUCUCGGAGCAGAUGGCAGCUGGAUCAGGCUUUUCCCUGGAGGCGAAGAAAAUGGAUCAGAGAAUUCAGAAAAGCCACCGCCUCCAGUUCAUCCAUUCCAUCCUAAGAUGACAAUCCGGCGCGGAGUUCUCGAAUCAGAAUGUGCUCAGACAAUGCAGCAGUUUUUCCAGCUGAGGAGAAAGAAGAAAGACAAGAACUCAGAUCCACCCGCUCCUACAGAUCAUCAUCAUCAUCUUCAUCCUUCCAUACUUCUCAACAAGAUGCAUCAAGUCUUACCCUUUUUCUGUCUGUAGAAGCUUACCUCCAAAUCCAAUGCCUCGGUGUUCAUUUCUGUAUGUACAAGUUUUGCGUCUGAUUUGUUCAAAAUUGUAUAUUUUGUGUGUCCAUGAAACGUUGUCAUUUGUUAAAACCUGAAAACUAGGUUGGUUCAUUGUAAUCCCAUUGAUUGUAACGUUUUGCAAAAUUUCUAUAUGAACUCAUGAUGUUUUGCCUUACAAGGUUUUAUAACCAA